AUGGCAAUGGUUAUCACUGCAACAACAACUCUUGUUAUAUUCUUAUUGUUUUCUCCAUCAUCAGUAGCUAUAUUACUCAACAAGCUUCAGCUACCAACACCAGUGACAGGACCGGAGUCCCUCGCAUUUGAUAGAGACGGUGGAGGACCUUAUGUAUCUUCCUCUGAUGGAAGAAUUUUUAAGUAUAUUGGUCCAAAUGAUGGUUUCAAGGAAUAUGCUUACACUUCUCCAAACAGGAACAAGGCAGUCUGCGACGGGCUUGCUGACUUCUCAGCGAUCCAAGCAACAUGUGGAAGGCCUUUAGGAUUGGGUUUCAACCAUCAGACAGGUGAUUUGUAUGUCGCCGAUGCUUAUUUUGGCCUUGUUAAGGUUGGUCCGGAUGGAGGAAAUGUAACUCAAUUAGUUGGACCUGAACAAGCCAAUGCUAUAAGGUUUACUGAUGGUUUGGAUGUAGAUCCUGACACUGGAAUAGUCUAUUUUACCGUUGCUAGCACUAACUUCCAGCUCAAAGAUUUCCAAACACUGCUAAACAGUGGAGAUAAUUCAGGAAGCUUAUUGAAAUAUGAUCCAAGCACCAACCAAACAACAGUGUUGCUAAGCAAUCUUGAAGUGCCAUCUGGGGUGGCAGUAAGCAAAGAUGGUUCAUUCGUACUUGUGAGUGAAUAUCUAGCAAACAGAAUUCAGAGAGUGUGGCUGAAAGGUCCAAGAGCGAAUUCAUCGGAAUUAUUCACGAUAGUUGCUGGAAGACCAAAUAACAUCAAGAGGAAUUCAAGAGGACAAUUUUGGAUUUCAGUGAAUAGUAUUGUAGGACCACCUAGAUUUCCAAGACGUUCUACAUUGCCUUCAGGAGUUAGAGUCACUGAGAAUGGUUUAGUUUUACAGAUUGUGUCUCUUGCUAGUGAGUAUGGUACUGAACCAGCUAGUGAGGUUCAAGACUACAAUGGAACACUUUAUAGUGGCUCCCUGUUUGCUAAUUAUGCUACAACUUUUAGCCCGUAG